ACUUCCUUACAACAGUCGAUAGAAGAACUCAAAAGUCUUGCAAAGUAGGCAGCCGCCUGAACAAGCAAUCUAUAGUACUAAAUUGCCACCAGACGAGGAUGCUAGAAAGCAAAAACAAACUCCCUUAAAUUAUAGUUCACUACUUUAAGGCCAAGACGUCAAACCGGACUAGCCGCCCUAUGGAGAAAUGUAAUUGAACAAGAACUCUUUCUUAUCUUUGAGAGUGAAAGAAUGGCUCUUUCGAUGUUCAAGAAUGAUCUCAACGACCCCGGCAACCGGCUAUCCUCAUGGAUUGGUGUGAAUUGUUGUCAAUGGGCUGGAAUAGUUUGCGGCAAUGUAACUGGCCGUGUUUAUGAGAUCCGUCUUCGUAAUCCAUAUGAUGACCGUUGUGCUCUUCUGAACCACGGUGCAGCUGAACAGGAAGCUUACUCGAGGAAUAAAUUGGGAGGAAAGUUGAAUCCAUCGUUGCUCAAUAUAAAGCACUUGACUCACUUAGACUUGAGCUGUAAUGAUUUUGGAGGGACUCCAAUUCCAGACUUCAUCGGUUCUCUGGAAAAAUUGGAGUAUCUUGAUCUUUCUGAGGCCGGAUUUGAAGGACUAAUCCCUCCUCAGCUUGGAAAUCUUUCCUUCCUUCAAUACCUUACUAUUCGAGAUUCUUGUCCAAAUUGCAAGACUAAGCUUCACAUCAUGAACCUGCAGUGGCUUUCUCGACUGUCUUCCUUAAAGUACUUAGACUUGACAGGAGUAAACAUCAGUGAAGCAACUAACUGGUUGCAAGUGACGAACAAUCUUCCUUCUUUGGUUGAUCUACGCUUAUCUAGGUGCAAUCUAAGGCUCAUUACUUCUGUUGAUUUUGUUAAUUUCACGUCUCUUCGUGUUCUUGAUCUUUCUGGCAACAAUUUGAACUCCUUUCUACCUCAUUGGAUUCAGAAUCUUGGAAAUUUGGUGCAUAUAGAUUUAAGUGAUUGCGGGCUUUAUAAUCAGUUUCCAACCACCUUGCAAAAUAUUACAAGACUCAGAUAUCUCAACUUGUCUUCCAAUAAUUUCAAUUCCACUGUCCCCAACUGGUUCACCAGAUUUAAAAAUCUAGAGGUUUUGAGUAUUGCAGACAAUCUUGUUAGAGGUGAACUCCCAAGUUCAAUAGGCGAUUUGAUAUCUUUGGUGACUCUUGACUUGUCUCAAAAUCAACUAGAGGGAAUGUUGCCAGAAUCUCUUGGCAAGCUUUGCAGGCUCAAAGAAAUUUAUUUGUCUAGGAAUCGAUUUUCAGGAGACAUACAACAGGCUUUUACAGGAUGCAUCUCAAGAAGCUUGUGGUUCUUGUACUUAGGAUCAAAUAAGUUUUCUGGUCAGAUACCGAAGAAUCUUGGAGAACUGUCCAAAUUACGAGAACUAGACCUUGUUGAUAACAAAUUUUCCGGCCCAUUGCCUGUAAGCCUUGGACAACUUCAAGAGUUAGAAUACCUGGUGAUAUCCCUUAAUUUGUUAGAAGGAUCUGUGUCUGAAGCACACUUCAGAAACCUGUCAAGAUUGAAGAUACUUCGGGCUAACGGAAACAAGUUGAUUUUCAAACCAAGUAGAAACUGGUCUCCCCCUUUUCAACUCAGAGGCUUAUCUCUGAGAACAUGGCAGCUGGGGCCAAAGUUCCCCGUCUGGAUUAAACAUAUGAGACAUCUGAAUUAUUUGAGCCUCGCAAGAACGGGAAUAGCAGAUGCCGUUCCAGCUUGGUUCUGGACUUCAACCUCCCAACUGAGGUACCUAAAUCUCUCUGGGAAUCUAAUCCAUGGAAGAAUUCCAAGUUUACUACAUUUUGGUUCUGAUUGGAACGUAGCGAUUGACCUGAAGUGCAAUCUCAUCAGCGGUCCAUUACCGCCUGUUUCUUCCAAUAUAUCAAUGCUAGAUCUCUCCCACAAUAAUAUUUCAGGAUCUAUGCAUCAUUUCCUCUGCAGCAACAAUGCCGGGCACAAGAACAUGCUGGAAAUCCUGAAUCUUCGCAGCAAUAGUUUGUCUGGAGAAAUUCCAGAUUGUUGGAUGACAUGGCCGUUGAUAAAGGUUCUAAGAUUAGACGCAAACAUGCUGACGGGAAAAAUCCCGAGCUCCAUCGGAUUCUUGACUAGACUCCAAUCACUGCAUUUGCGUCGAAACAAACUCUCUGGAGAUAUGUCAUUCUCUUUACAGAAAUGUGCUGAUUUGAUGGUCCUGGAUUUUGGCCGUAAUCAGUUGACAGGACGUAUACGAGAAUGGAUAAAUCGGCUUUCCAAUUUGAUUGUCUUCAACCUUCGCCUAAACGAGUUUCAAGGCAAUAUUCCGCCUAAACUGUGCCAUCUUAGUUCUCUUCAGACACUAGACCUGGCAGGAAACAAUCUGUCCGGAAGAAUACCAAGAUGCUUCAACAAUUUCAGCGUGAUGGCAGGAAAGCAGCGUCCAGCUGAUCAUAUAUACUACUCAACAGAAGAUACGUUUGGUGGAGUUCCUGAUAGUCAAUUUCUAGUGCUGAAAGGAAGAUUUAACGAGUACAGUAACAUUCUUCAGUUUGUGUUGACCUUGGAUCUCUCAGACAACAACUUAUCUGGAUCGAUCCCUGUCGAAAUAACAAAGCUUGUCCAAGUUCAGGCACUGAAUCUCUCUAGAAAUUCUUUAACUGGAAGCAUUCCGGAUAGCAUUGGUGGCAUGGAACUGCUCGAAUCACUCGAUGUUUCUAGGAAUCAGCUCUCUGGUGAAAUCCCACAAAGCAUUUCAGGGCUGACAUUUCUCAGUCACCUGAACUUGUCCUAUAACAACUUGAUGGGACGGAUCCCAUCAGGCACUCAAAUCCAAGGUUUCGAUCCAUCCAUCUUCAUUGGAAACCAGUUCUGCGGACCUCCCAUGUCAAAAGAUUGUAAUGAUAUUAGGGAAACAACUAAUAUCGAAUACAAUGAUGAGAGAAACAGAUCUUUACUAGAAGGAGAGCGAUUUGGAUUAUUCCUAAGUGCAGCGCUCGGAUAUGUAUUCGGUCUUUGGGCAGUUUUAGGCCCUUUGUCCCUGAGCAUGUCAUGGAGAACUACCUACUUCAAGUUCCUGACAAGCAUAGGGAAUUAUAUUUACUAUGUUUGGUUCAAAUUCUUGCUAAGGUAAAGGAAAAAUUACACACA